CGAUUUACUUAUUCUAAUAUCUCUCUCUUUAUCUCACAGUGUCUCCUCCCUUUCUCAUGGAUUCUUUUGGGCUCUUCUGUACUGGAGCUCUUCUUGCCUGCGGUCUUUACUGGUUCGUUUGCCUUUCAGGCCCAGCCGAGCAAAAGGGAAAGCGCGUUGUUGAUCUCUCCGGUGGUUCCAUAUCAUCCGAGAAAGUUCGGGCCAGCUACAAACAGUAUUUGUCUUUCUUCCGGCAACCAAAGGAGAUCGAAACCGCUGAGAAGGUUCCAGACUUUGUCGAUACUUUCUAUAACUUAAUCACCGAUAUUUACGAAUGGAGGUGGGGCCAAUCCUUCCACUUCUCUCAUUCAAUCCGCGGGAAAUCUCACCGGGACGCGACGCGCCUCCACAAAGAGAUGGUCGUUGAUCUCAUCGAAGUCAAACUGGGAGACCGAAUCCUGGACAUCGGAUGUGGUGUUGGAGGGUCCAUGCGUGCUAUUGCGACUCACUCGCAGGCCAACGUCGUUGGCAUCACCAUCAACGAGUACCAAGUCAACCGUGCUCGCCUUCACAACAAGUAAUCCGGGCUAGAUUCACUCUGCGAGGUCGUAUGUAGGAACUUCUGUUUACAACUGCUUCGACGGCGCGUACUCGAUAGAGGCGACGUGCCACGCACCAAAACUGGAAGAUGUGUACGCCGAGGUAUUCCACGUGCUGAAACUGGGAUCUCUAUACGUGUCUUACGAGUGGGUCACGACUGACAAGUACAGAGCUGAAAACUCUGAACACGUGGAGGUCAUUCAAGGUAUUAAAAGGGGCGACGCUUUGCCUGGCCUCAG